ACUAUGAGGUUCUCGGCCUCCCCCGUGACUGCACUCCGGAGGAGAUCCGCUCCGCCUACCGCCGCCUAGCCCUGCAGCGCCACCCCGACAAGCUGGUCCAAUCAGGUAUCUCCCAAUCGGAAGCCACUGCGCAGUUUCAGGAGCUUCAGCACGCCUACGAGGUCCUCUCUGAUCCCAAAGAACGCUCCUGGUACGACUCUCACCGCUCUCAGAUCCUCUUCUCCGAUCCCGACACCCUCCGCAACUCCUCCGUCCCCGACCUCUUCUCGUUUUUCUCCAAUACCGUCUUCUCCGGCUACUCCGAUUCCGGUAGAGGCUUCUACAAGGUGUAUUCUGAUGUUUUCGAUAAGAUUCACGCUAAUGAGAUCAAUUUCGUAAAGAAUUUAGGGUUAGGUGUUGAUUCCAUUAGACAAGCUCCUGUUAUGGGUAAUUUAGAUAGCCCUUACGAGCAGGUUACUGCGUUUUAUGGUUAUUGGUUAGGGUUUUCGACUGUUAUGGAUUUUUGCUGGGUUGAUGAGUAUGAUGUUUCGGCCGGUCCGAACCGGCGGUCGCGGCGGCUUAUGGAGGAAGAAAAUAACAAGGUAAGGAAGAAGGCGAGGAGGGAGUACAAUGAUACUGUGAGGAGAUUGGCUGAGUUUGUGAAGAAGAGGGAUAAGAGGGUGAUUGAUAUGAAGAUGAAGAAGGAGAAGGAGGAGUUGAAGCGGAAGGAGGAGCAGAAGGAGAAGAAGAAAAGGUUGGAAAAGGAGAGGAGGGAGAGGGCAAUGGCAUACGAGGAGCCAGAGUGGGCGAAGGUGGAUGAGGGCGAGGACGGGGAGGAUGAUUUGUGGUUUGAGGAGGCAGAGGAGGGGGGGAAGAAGGGUGGUGAGAAGGAGUUUUAUUGUGUGUUGUGUGGGAAGAAGUUCAAGAGUGAGAAGCAGUGGAAGAACCAUGAGCAGUCCAAGAAGCAUAAGGAGAAGGUUGCUGAGUUUAGGGAUUCGAUUGAGGAUGAGGAUGAGGAGGUUGCUAUGGACGAUUUGGAGAGUGAGAUUGAGGUGGAAGGAAGAGAAGAGAAGGAAGGGUUGGAGAGUGAGGAGGAUGCUGAUCACGUGGUUGAGGAUUUGGAGGAGAGGAUUAGAGAUAGUCUUAAUGUUGCAGAGGAGAGCACUAGAAAUGGAGUCGAGCCUGAUGAUGAUGACGAGGAAGAAUUUUAUGAUGCUUCACAUGAAAAGGAAGGCAAUGUGGUUAGUGUGUCUGUAGAUGGUGAUGAUGAUGAUGAUGAAAUUGGUGCUCUUGAAGCAAUGAUUGCAGGUCACAAGAGCAGAAAGCCACAUGCUUCAACACGCAAGCCCAAUGCCCCAGUGCCUCCAACUCAAAUUGAGAAUGAGGAUGAUGGGGUUGGCCCUAUGGAAUACAAAAACCGGAAGGGCGCAAGAAAGAAACGCGGAUCCAAGAAAGAAAAGGGUAGGAAAAAUCCAGAAGAAUCCCGCACAGCAGCCGUCAAUGGCGAUGAAGAGCAUAAUAACAACAACGAUGAUGGGAAUGGCAAUUCUCAUGCAGAGGAGUCUUCCUUCCAAUUUAACGUGGAGAAUGUGAUUAAUGGUAAAGAGAACGGGCAUGAUGGUAGAGAUAAGACUUCAAAUAAACCAGCUGAUAAGAGAGGAGAUGCAAAGGACACAAAAUCCAAAGCUAAAACUUCAUCAAAAGGAAGAAAAGCCAAGGGUGCGUCAAAGAAUCAUGGCAAUACUUGCGAGACCUGUGGAGAGGAGUUUGAGUCAAGGAAUAAAUUACAUAAACAUCUUGGCGAUUCUGGGCAUGCAAAAAUAAAAGGUAGAUAGGGAGUAGGAAAUUAUUGAAUUCAAGCCUUCCCUCGAGUAGUGUUGUUAGGGCUCCAGGAUUCCAGCUAUUUAUUAGCAUCAGUUAUUGGUGGUCCAUUCUUUAAUUCUUACAUUUCUGAUAACUUGAAUUAAGCCUUCGGCAGAACUGAAGGCAUUCUGUAAUUUUGCCAAAGUUCACCAUUUUGCCAUCCUUGUUAAAAAGGAAAACUAGUGAUUACAUUGUAAACUUAUUAUCAUCUAACAGAAAAUAUAAAUGAGUUAUUAUCGGUUGAUUAUAGUAAUGAAAAUUGGAAGUCUACAACA